ACCACAGACUACACAGCAGACCACAGACAACACAGCAGACCACAGACAACACAGCAGAAAAGACAUCUCAGCAUCUCAAAUAAAACAGAAAUUAUCACAGCGAAAGCACAACAACAAAAUACUGGAAGAACACAGCUUUGACUCGUACCAUCUGAAAGCCGCAAUGAACAGGCCAAACUCCGGAGCAGGACUGGUGAGCGCCUCGCCCUUCACAACCGUCUCAGAGCUUAUCGCGCUGCGCGAGGCCUUUAAGUCCCUGCAGGUGGAAAACUACAAGCUCAAAGAAGAUGUGCAACGAGUUCAACAUCAACUUAAAGAGGAAGAAAAAGGGAAAAUGGAGGCAAAGAUGGAAGUAGAGAACAUAAAGAAGGAGCUGAGAGCAGUAAAGAAAGAAUUAGAAGAAGAAAAAAAAGGAAAAGAGCAUGUGGAGACGGAUGCGGAAGAUCUCAAAAAGAAACUACAGGAAGUGGAAGAAGCCCUAGAGGAGGAAGUCAAAGCAAGACUGGAGGCUAAAGAUGAAAAUAGAAAAAUAAAGGAGGACUUGUUAGAAUUAGUCAAAGCAUUUGAAGAGGUAGAAAGGGAGAUGCAUGAGCGGGCAGAGGACGAAACCAAAACUGUGAUGCAGAAGCUACAGGAAGUGGAAGAAGCCCUAGAGGAGGAAGUCAAAGCAAGUCUGGAGGCUAAAGAUGAAAAUAGGAAAAUAAAGGAGGACUUGUUAGAAUUAGUCAAAGCAUUUGAAGAGGUAGAAAGAGAGGUGCAUGAGCGGGCAGAGGACGAAACCAAAACUGUGAAGCAGAAGCUACAGGAAGUGGAAGAAGCCCUAGAGGAGGAAGUCAAAGCAAGACUGGAGGCUAAAGAUGAAAAUAGGAAAAUAAAGGAGGACUUGUUAGAAUUAUUCAAAGCAUUUGAAGAGGAGGAAAUGGAGAUGCAUGAGCGGGCAGAGGACGAAACCAAAACUGUGAAGCAGAAACUGCAGGAAGUGCAGCAUGUGCUCCAAGAAGAAAUUAAAGAAAAGCUGAUGGUCAAAAAAGACUCAGAAGAUCUAAAAAAUGAAUUAUUGGCCACAAAACAAAAACUAGAGGAGGAAAAAAUAGAAGUUUCUAUAAAUACAAACAUGCCCGAGAAUGAAAUGACAGCAAAAGAGUGUAAAAGAGCUCUCAAACAGCUCAAACUAGAACACAAAGCAGCCAAGAAGAAUUUAAAAGUGAAAGCAAAAGAGGCCAAAAAGAAACUGAAAGGAAAAGUGAAAGAGGCCGAGCAGCAGCUGCUGAACACAAUGAAAGAGCUGAAGAAGCAGAAGAAAUCCACUAAGACUUGAAGUCCACUUCCUCUUUCUCCUCCUUCCCUCCCUCUCCUCAUCCUUCCCUCUGUCUCCUCCUUCCCUCUGUCUCCUCAUGCCCCCCCUCCUCCCACCACACCUUUCUCUUUAACACCCCUAACCUUCCAUUUUUCCUCCCUCCCUUUUCCUCUAUCUUUCCCAUCUCCUUUUUGACUUGUUUCAAGUUAUAU